AGAGAACGCAUAGGCCGACUCCCCUCCCUCCGGUCGAUGCUCUCUAGGGGUCUUUCACCAUGUCCUCUUCAUCUCUGAGCUCUGCCGUCAUUGGGCUGGAAAUAUGCAACAUCCUGCUGCUGUCAUUACUCAUGGCAACCCCAGCCCCGAAGCACGCGAUGGUCAAAUCCUUGAUGCUUGCAUGCCUGCUCCGAUCUGUGCUGGACGUGCUUCCACCUAUCGUCCAGAAAGCGCGUCCGGAGCAGUUCAGCUCCAUUAGCCAGAACGCCCAGACAACUCUCGCCAGCUUCUGCGUGAGUGACUCCAUCUUGUUGCGAUAUGUAACAGUUGUCAAGGCCGCGUUUGCAGUCAGCUUCACUAUGCCAGCAUUGUGGCUAGCCAUUAUUCAAAUGCGACCGAAAUGUAGUGCGGACGAUUACCCGCGCCUAACAGGACGAACAGUUUUGCUACUCUGCAUUGCACCCUACGCAUGGGCGCUGCCUGUGCUCAUCAUGCCCAUCCCCCGACUCGUCCAAGGGCAGUUACUCUCAGUGUCGUUCAACAUAAAUUCCUGCUAUUUCACGGACAAGGCCUUCACCAUCGUAUCCUUGGUAUUCACCUUGAUCCCGUUGGCUUUCGCUGUGAUCGUAUCUGGCUCUGUCAUCCUCGUCAUCUCGCGGUGGCGGAACGCCGACCCAAGUCAUCGCGCCGCCAUCUGUUCCAAGCGAACCACGCGUUUCGCUGCUCUCGUCGUCGUUACGGUCAUAUCCGCGAUCUUCUACACGGUGGUUCUAACCCUCUGGGUUAAGGGGCACGAAGCUUGGGCCCAUGCGUGGCCAUUCCGUCUGAGCGUCAUAUGGGAAGCGAUCACUCCAAUGCUUUUCUUCAUCAUCUUUGCGGCACAGGACGAGAUAUACGAGACAUGGCUUGGAUGGCUGUCCCGCGUCGUCCACAUUCCGAGACGCGAACCUGGUCAAUCACGGAAUACCCCCAGCGCGCCACAGUACGUGACAUAUGACAGUUACAUCUCUCCGACUGGCCACCCGACGUACAGCAAAGUGCCCCAUGACGCCGAAACGCCCACAGUAACCUCACCACCACCAUUCUUCGGCCAGAUCAUCCAACGCCCGACGUCGAUGAAGAUACUCCGCAACUCGCAGUAUCUUGACCGACGGUUCCAGGCGGCUUCGGACACCGGCGGCCUCAGCCCCCCGCCGCGACCGCCGCUUCCCAGAACGCACACCGUGGAGGAGCCGCCGCCGUCCAAGGGAUCCCGCUUCCGCCUUCCCUUCGUCCACAACCCAUCUCUGUCGGCUUUCGGCAGCCAGCCGUCCAUGCAGAGCCAGCCGAACAGCAGCUCCAUGGGAGACUUCAGCGGGGAGGACGACGGUAUCCUGGCGACGACGACCGUCAGCCAUGAGAGGAUCCCGUGGGAAGGCCCGCGCUCCGACACGCCUAUGUCGACGAGGACCUUUGGGCGCACGACAACUUCACGCCGGUAAACCGUUUUUGCUCUUUGCUGCUUGUGCUUGCGACCACUCUAUGCUGUAUCAUAUCUACGUACCGUUUGUCUCGAUGUCUCGACGUCAACACUUUGCCUACUUAGCUUCGUUUUCUUGCACCGGUCUUGUACCACACUGUAUUUCGAUAUCUAUUCGGAACUGCAUAGAAUAUU